AAAAAUAAAAUUCUAUUUUAUUUUAAUUUUUCUGGUUUGAGUCCUAGAACUGGAGGGCUUGAUGAGAUGCCUCACUAUUUACUUGAGCGUUACUAUGGGUUCAAAAGUCCUUCAGUGCGAAGCAGAGUAGCGCGGCAAAAUGACUCCCCAAGAAAUACUCAAGGUUCAGUCACCCUCAGGGAGUUGUGGGGGACGAUGGUCACCUUGUCUGGACAGAAAGAGUCCUGCAAGUGGGUUUGGCGACCUUUGCUGUAUCUGAUGAUUUAACACCGGGUAGGGGAGGGCGAACGCAGCAAGGUGAAGAGGUUUGUGAGGAGUAACUCUGCCCAGAGACUUCCAAUGGAGCAGAAGAGUGUGCGCCCCGCCAAGUGACAGCACGCCCCGCUGCCGCCGCUCCCCUCCCCCCGCGGCUAGUCUCCAGGCAGAAGAGUCUCGCGCCAGCCCGUCCUCCCCCUCGUCACUAGUCCGGGAGGACCGAGCCACAGCGGGAAGCCCCCCCAGUCUCCGGGCAGCUUGAGCCCCCGAGCGCUCGCCUAGCCUGUCAGUAACCGCCGUUUGCGCCUUCUUUCUUUCUCCACACCCCCUCCUCUUCCUCCUCUUUUCUUUUCCCCUUCUGCCUUUGUCCCGCUUAGUAACUGAGGUCCGACCAAUCGCCGCCUUACCGGCCGGCGCCGGCUAUCUUCUGAUUGGCUCGCUUGGGGCGCGCAGCCGUCUCCGCUCCUCAGCUGGAGCAGGGCAGACAAAAGACGCAGGCUCGGCUCCGGCAACCGGGAUCAGCCAAUCGCCAUCCGCCCCCCACUCUUGGCGGAGCUCGCGUGCGCCGGGCUCCGACUCCUGGCGAGCGGCCAGCGCCCGGACUGUACCAUUCGCGAUGUACAAUACGGUGUGGAGUAUGGACCGCGAUGACGCAGACUGGAGGGAGGUGAUGAUGCCCUAUUCGACAGAACUGAUAUUUUAUAUUGAAAUGGAUCCUCCAGCUCUUCCACCAAAGCCACCUAAGCCAGUGACGUCAGCAGUUACAAACGGAAUGAAGGACUGUUUCGUUUCUCUUCAAGAUGCAGAGUGGUACUGGGGAGACAUUUCCAGGGAAGAGGUAAAUGACAAAUUGCGGGACAUGCCAGACGGUACUUUCUUAGUUCGAGAUGCCUCAACAAAAAUGCAGGGAGACUAUACACUGACUUUGAGGAAGGGAGGAAAUAAUAAAUUAAUAAAGAUCUAUCAUCGGGAUGGUAAAUAUGGCUUUUCUGAGCCCCUGACGUUUAAUUCUGUGGUGGAGCUCAUUAACCACUAUCACCAUGAAUCUCUCGCUCAGUACAAUCCCAAACUUGAUGUGAAGCUGAUGUACCCAGUGUCCAGAUACCAACAGGAUCAGUUGGUAAAAGAAGAUAACAUUGAUGCGGUAGGUAAAAACCUGCAAGAAUUCCACUCUCAGUACCAGGAGAAGAGUAAAGAGUACGAUAGGCUGUAUGAAGAGUACACCAGGACGUCACAGGAAAUACAAAUGAAGAGAACUGCCAUUGAAGCCUUUAAUGAAACGAUUAAAAUAUUUGAGGAGCAGUGUCAUACCCAAGAACAACACAGUAAAGACUAUAUUGAGCGGUUUCGCAGAGAGGGGAAUGAGAAGGAGAUUGAGCGGAUUAUGAUGAAUUACGAUAAAUUGAAAUCCCGUCUGGGUGAGAUUCACGAUAGCAAAGUGCGUCUUGAGCAGGACUUGAAGAAACAAGCUUUGGACAACCGGGAAAUAGAUAAAAAAAUGAAUAGCAUCAAGCCUGACCUGAUCCAGCUGCGUAAGAUCCGAGACCAGCACCUCGUAUGGCUCAAUCACAGGGGAGUGAGGCAGAGGCGCCUGAACGCCUGGCUGGGGAUCAAGAGUGAGGACACAGAUGGAGGCUAUUUUAUCAAUGAGGACGAUGAGAGCCUGCCGCAUUAUGAUGAGAAGACCUGGUUUGUGGAGGAUGUGAACCGAGUACAGGCAGAGGACCUGCUUUAUGGGAAGCCAGACGGUGCAUUCUUAAUUCGUGAGAGUAGCAAGAAAGGAUGUUACGCUUGUUCUGUGGUUGCAGACGGGGAGGUGAAGCACUGUGUCAUCUACAGCACUGCUCGAGGAUAUGGCUUUGCAGAACCCUACAACCUGUACGGCUCGCUGAAGGAGCUGGUGCUCCACUACCAGCAGACAUCCCUGGUCCAGCACAACGACUCCCUCAACGUCACGCUCGCCUACCCUGUCCACGCACAGAUGCCCUCUCUCUGCAGAUAAGCAGAGUGGAAGAGACAUGCUCUCCAGCAGUUCUUUCCUAUGGUUUUUAUUAGACUACGAUGAGGGCACUCUUUCGACGUAGACUGCCUGUUUUGCACAAGUGAUUCUGUGAAUGUGAAGUGGAGAGGCCAAGCAGUAGCUUGGAUUUGGGGAGAAAUGAGGCCCGGGUCUCUGGCCUCGGCGUGCUGCUGCACUGAUGGACUAAGCUGGAAGCAGUUAUUGGUUUCAUGGGGUUCGGUUUUGUUGUCAGGCACCUUUGAAAGAAGUUAGACUUGUGGGUCGGCGUGGGGUUUAUGUGGAAGCCUCUGAAGAGUCCGUGUCUCCUUGUCCUCAACUUGGAGAACGCAGCAGAUUGUAGUUCUGCUGGCAGUUGUUUCGCUUCCACAGUCUCUCCCCUUCCCCCGAAUAAGGAGCCGAUUUGGCUCUGUGGUAAAAUGGGAUUUGGUUUGGGAGGGAAAACAACCAAAGGAAAAUAGGGAGGUGUGGGAUUACAUUUACAGAAUCUAAACCAAGGAGGCAAAAGACCCCUUCAGUUGAUGUUACUUCAAUUUCACCAACGUAAUUUAGGCUUCAGCAUCUUAACCAGCUCCUCCCUCUAAAGCACUGUGUUUAUAAGCCAACAAGGCAGCACUGCAGACCAAGGCUAUGGGAGGACAGUAGUAGCUGAAUGGACACUGUACCAAAACUUGAAAGAAACUAGAAAUGUGAGUUUGAACAAACACUACAAUUGGUCAGUGUGUUUCCCUCUGCCCUGGCCUCCUCUCUCAGAUGAGGAAUAGAAUAUUUUGUGGAGAUAGUAAGCUGUGAGUCAUGAAAAGUUGGUGCUCGUGUGGUGUUUCUUUAGACUAAAGAUGUUUGAAACCCUCGUAAGUUGUUUUAUGAGUCAAGAAAAGGUGCAAUCCAGUGCUUUUAGAUGGCUUGAUAUACCAAAUAAUGAUCGAGAACAGCAUUGUUGCGUGCGUCCUCAAGUUUAAAGCCUUGCCAAACUAUUCAAGGGUUAAUUUGCCUUCAUUUCCCUUCCUUCUCUGGAUAGGGUUUAGGGAGCUAUAGUUAGCUAAAGGAGGACUCACGUUUGUGGUCAGAGACCUCAGUAAAUCACAUGGGCCCGUCACAUUACAUGUUAUUCCAUACUGUGGGUGAAGCUUUUGCCAGAAGAAGGGAUCGCUUAGCGUGGAGUUCAGACUAUCUGGGAAAAUAAUCCACAAGCUUUCCUAUUUGCCCUUUUUGUGAGCCUGCGGUUAAGGCAGUGUGCAUAGCCUGCCCAGCCUGCCCUCAGGCUUCCAUGGCUGGGAUUUUAGGCCAUGAGUCUGCUCCAUGUGGUUUAAGCCUUCCAGCUAAGUGAAGUUAGACAGAGGAGAGGGCAGGCAUCUGUUUCUGGCUUCAUAGUCAUUUAAGAGUCCAGCUGCGCCAGAGUCAAUCCUGGAGCCAUAACAGGCUCAGUAUGACUCAGUUGCUUGAGCCCAGAGAUUUGCAGUCAGGCACUCUAGAUAUGCAGCCUGUACCUGGGUCUUGGCUCAUAAGGCUUACAAUCAGGGAAGUUGGAGUUUGGGGGCCAAAAUAAAGACGAAUAUGACUUUCCCUGAGCACUUCCUUUGGUGACAGUGUCUAGAAUGAACAACCGUAUAGAGAUAGGUCAAAAGCUUUGGGUAAUGGUUGUCACAGGUGAGGGUAGGGUAUGCUAUUGCUUUUCUUGUUCAUGCUCCAGUAUGAAAUGAGAGGAAAUCGGGGGUUGGGGAUUUAGCUCAGUGGUAGAGCGCUUGCCUAGGAAGCGCAAGGCCCUGGGUUCGGUCCCCAGCUCCGGAAAAAAAAAAAAAAAGAAAAAAAAAAAAAAAGAAAUGAGAGGAAAUCGACCACCCUCAGCUGCUGUUUAAGGCCCAGUAUUUUUCAAAAUAGCCAGCUUGAAAUCUUGCUCAGUUUACCAAGUAAUGCCAGGCUACUUGUUGAUUGGUAUACCUAUGUGGCGCUGUACUGACGUUGGACUUGCUGAAGCGGUUAUAUGCUCAAAAUUAGGUGGGAGGAAUCCCUCUGGUCCAGCACUAAAAUUUUAGUAUGUCCUGAUGCUGUUUUUUUUUUUUUUUAAAUCUCUUCCAAGUAAGUCAGAAUGGAAGAAUACACAGCUUUAGUGUUGAACAAUGUCCUUACUUUGCAGGCAGACGUGGAAGACGUUCAGGAGAAAGCAUCUUAGCUCCAUACCCAGACUGGACUGUGGAGAACGGCUGUUUUUCAGUCCUACAUUCCUUUCCUUUGAACGCUUUUUGAGAUCUGAGACUAGGGAUCAUUUAAUUAAUUGGAAGCUAUCCUUUUCUGACAAGUUGCUUCAUGAUUUAUCUGACCCUGAGCUGUGGAAGUGGCAUAAAGACCAGUUUCCUAACCGUGGCCUUGGUGUCUGAGGGAGCCAUCAUGGCUCGGAAGCACAUCUUGGUCUUCUUCCCAGAGCUCAAAGUUUUGUCCCAUGAUCCAGGUCCUGGGACUGUCUCCUUUGGCAUCCUAGCUGUAGUCUCACUGACUAAAGCAGAGGGUAGAGACAGAGCAAACCGUAGGGCACGCCAGCCAGCUCCCCAGCAGGGAAGCAGCUUGGGCUUGGUGAGAUACAUUUUUUUUUUUUAAAAAAUAAAAACAAAACAAGGCUGUUUGCACCCGACACAGUUCAAGCAUAGGUAGGUAUUUACGUUCUCAUUGCUGCUCCAGGAUAGAAGACAUCCUGUAGCUCCACUCCUAAGACAUACAAUCUCCACAUUCACUUGAGACUCCUUAAGCCAGUGUGGGGUCUCCCUUGUGUGCCUUCUCUGCAAGGUACCAGCUCCACCCAUUCUCUUCAACUUAAAAAGAAAUGUAUCUGAGCAGGCUCUGAUUUCUAGGAUGAUCUCUACUGCCAGGUAGAUCUUUGUGAGGUUUCCAUGGCAUCAUAGACCGGGGGUCCAUUCUUGGUCCUUUGCUGCCAACUGCUCACUCUUGACUUAGCUCUAGCCAUUUGUGACAACCACCCUUGUUUCCUUACAAAUCCUCGCAUGUAACCUUGGUACUCCUGUUGUUUCUUGUGAAGAAUCUAUUCUGUUGUCUUUGAUGUAAUAAAAAAAAUCCAUGUAGUUUAUGUAAAAAUAACUGACUCAGAAGGAAGCCAACUGUGUCUUGUGUUGGAACAAUUCAUAAUGUAAUUUCUAGACCACUUUUGCAAAUUGUUCUUGUCACCAAAUGUGUUCAGACAUUGCUGUGCAGUUGUGGGGAAGGGGUGGGGGGGGGAAGGUAAGAUGAGAAGAUUGUUGGGCUUUUUUUUUAAACCUUCUCCAAAUGUGGAAUGGUCUGGCCAACUUGCUCCGGAUGCAAUAAAGACAAUGCAGUGAA